AUGCCGUGGUUAGUUUACUACGUAGGAAACAUGAGAAUUAUACACAUUCCAAGAGAAACAAGAACUGGGAGAGAGAAACAAGAGCUGGGAGAGAGAAACAAGAACUGGGAGAGAGAAACAAGAGCUGGGAGAGAGAAACAAGAACUGGGAGAGAGAAACAAGAGCUGGGAGAGAGAAACAAGAACUGGGAGGGAGAAACAAGAAGAGGGAGGGAGAGAGAGACAAAAGCUGGGAGAGAGAGAGAGACAAGAGCAGUGGGAGAGAGAAACAAGAACUGGGAGAGAGAAACAAGAGCUGGGAGAGAGAAACAAGAGCAGUGAGGGAGAAACAAGAACUGGGAGAGAGAAACAAGAACUGGGAGAGAGAAACAAGAGCUGGGAGAGAGAAACAAGAACUGGGAGAGAGAAACAAGAACUGGGAGGGAGAAACAAGAACUGGGAGAGAGGAACAAGAGCAGUGAGGGAGAAACAAGAACUGGGAGAAAGAAACAAGAGCUGGAAGAGAGAAACAAGAACUGGGAGGGAGAAACAAGAGCUGGGAGAGAGACACAAGAGCAGUGAGGGAGAAACAAGAACUGGGAGAGAGAAACAAGAACUGGGAGAGAGAAACAAGAACUGGGAGAAAGAAACAAGAACUGGGAGAGAGAAACAAAAGCUGGAAGGGAGAAACAAGAACUGGGAGAAAGAAACAAGAACUGGGAGGGAGAAACUAGAACUGGGAGAGAGAAACAAGAACUGGGAGAGAGAAACAAGAACUGGGAGAGAGAAACAAGAACUGGGAGAAAGAAACAAGAGCUGGGAGAGAGAAACAAGAGCUGGGAGGGAGAAACAAGAACUGGGAGAGAGAAACAAAAACUGGGAGAUAGAGGUUUCCCUUUUAGAAGCUUUGACAGUUUUGCUGAAUUAUACCCGUUUGACAACAUCACCAACUCUCCGGUGUAUUCUCAGUCAAAUGGUUGACUCCUCUACUGAGGACGCUAGCGUCAAAUGUAACAGUAGACAACGCCCACUACGGAGGACGCUUACGUCAGAAGUAAGAGUAGAUAACCCCCACUACGAAGGACGCUUACGUCAGAAAAGUAAGACCACACCGGCUACAGAGGACGCUUAUUACAGAAGUAAGACCACAGUGGCUACAGAGGACGCUUACUACAGAUGUAAGACCACAACGGCUACAGAGGACGCUUACUACAGUAGUGAGACCACACCGGCUACAGAGGUCGCCUACUACAGAAGUAACACCACGCGGGCUACAGAGGACGCUUACUACAGAAGUAGGAUCACAGCGGCUACAGAGGACGCUUACUACAGAAGUAACACCACACUGGCUACAGAGGACAUUUACUACAGAAGUAAGAUCACACCGGCUACAGAGGACGCUUACUACAGAAGUAACACCACACUGGCUACAGAGGACAUUUACUACAGAAGUAAGAUCACACCGGCUACAGAGGACGCUUACUACAGAAGUAACACCACACCGGCUACAGAGGACGCUUACUUUAGAAGUAAAACCACACGGGCUACAGAGGUCGCUUACUACAGAAGUAACACCACAGCGGCUACAGAGGACGCUUACUACAGAAGCAAGACCACACAGGCUAUAGAGGACGCUUACUACAAAAGCAAGACCACACAGGCUAUAGAGGACGCUUACUACAAAAGCAAGACCACACUGGCUACAGAGGACACUUACUACAGAAGUAAGACCACACCGGCUACAGAGGACGAUUGCUACAGAAGUAAGACCACACCGGCUACAGAGGACGCUUACUACAAAAGCAAGACCACACUGGCUACAGAGGACACUUACUACAGAAGUAACACCACACCGGCUACAGAGGACGAUUGCUACAGAAGUAAGACCACACCGGCUACAGAGGACGCUUACUACAAAAGCAAGACCACACUGGCUACAGAGGACACUUACUACAGAAGUAAGACCACACCGGCUACAGAGGACGAUUGCUACAGAAGUAAGACCACACCGGCUACAGAGGACGCUUACUACAGAAGUAAGACCAUACCGGCUACAGAGGACAUUUACUACAAAAGCAAGACCACACCGGCUACAGAGGACGCUUACUACAGAAGUAACACCACACUGGCUACAGAGGACGCUUACUACAGAAGUAACACCACACUGGCUACAGAGGACAUUUACUACAGAAGUAAGACCACACCGGCUACAGAGGAUGCUAACUUUAGGAGAAAGUGUAGAGGACGCUUAGUUAAGGAUGUAAUAUACUUACAGAAUAGUUAA